AUGCAAGUUGCAGCAACAGGCUAUGGCAAGCCUCCUUGGAGAUUUAGAGGCAGGCAUGCAUAUCCUACAUCAAUCCUUUAUGCCUUGUACCAGCUCCAUCUUGUGAAAGCUGAAACUGCUCGAGCAUUCAUUCCAAAAGAGUUGAAAUUAGUUGAAGCUUUCGGAUACACUCUUGGUGGAUUUUUUCUUGCUAGCUAUGAAGAUAGUCCAGAUGGCGCUUUCGAUGAGCUCGUGGUUAUUGCAGGACAUGUGCAGAACCUCCAAAAGCCUUCAGCGUAA